AUGUCUUUGGAAUACACUCAUUAUCAGCCGACGACACCUCCGGGUGUUCCUCUCCAGUUGCAAAUUGGCUCCGCGCACAGUCGCAACGCAUCCAAUUCAUCCAUCUACUCUAAUGAUUCAUCUCCAUGGUCGACGAUGACAGGCAGCACCAGCCCAACCACGUCACCUACUCGACAUCACCAUGGUCCGGCUCUACUCCCCAAGAUCCGCCCUCAAGAUAUUGUCGUCGAACCCGUAUCUGCUGGAGGGCCAUUGCGGCAUCGACGUGUCUUGUCAAACACUCGCAACCCACCGGGCUUCGUGCCUUACCCCAGCCGGCCACCUCUUCAGCGCAAUAGAGAAGAUGCAUCAGAACGGCUCGCCUUAGCAUCUCCAAUCUCUCCUAUAGUCACCACGGGUCAUGGCAGCUACUCGGCCUUGUCGUCUCCGGUAUCCGUGAAUCCCUCUCAAAGGCGCAAAUCUGGAGGAGGCCACUCCCGGUCAGUGUCGACCUCUGGCAUUGAUGAGGCCACUCUCAACCGGUAUGGAUAUCCUACCUACCGACACCUUCCAAAGUACGUGCCCGCAAUUCAGGCACAGACAAUGCCAAAUACUCCGGCUACACCAGUGACGCCAAUAACACCAAGUAUUGUCGUUCAUUCAUCCUAUUCCCAACGACAGACAGCAAAAGUGCCACAACUAUCCCUUGUACGACCUCCACACUCGUUGACAGUACGAUCGCCCCAGUACGACUACAAUCAGACAUCUGAGGCCCAGCAAUCACCGAUUGCUCUACUGAGUCCUCAAGAAGACUUGACUCCCCCAUCUACCAAUUUACUGUCCUACUUGACCUCCCCCACACAAGCUAUCAACCUCGUCCGCAAUGUCAGCGUAGUACCUACCCGGGGCAUGCACGACUAUUUCUGGUGGGAUAUCCGCAACCUGCGCAGUUGGACCUCCUACUCAAUUUCAACCUUUGACUCGAUCCAUGGUCUCACAAAGCUGCUCAAAACAGAGAUCUCAAGCUCUCUUGUUCCUCCGGUCAGCGUCAUCCCUGGACGCCUCGCCCCCGAAUCUGAGCCUGCCCUAGUCAACCUUAUCAGAGAUCUCUAUGCUCCACGCGUCAACGCCGCACUAGCCGUCUCUCAAGGCUCAGAGCACCUCCAGCUCUACGCCGCACCAGACAUACGGCACACCGGCCACAAAAACCACGGCCACCCACACUUCCUCGCCAACUAUGCCACAGACACGGAGCGUACAAGUGCCGGCCUCCCACGCGGCCGCCUCGUCGGCAUCGUCAAGAGCUUCGACCGAUGGAACUCGGGCAUGCGCAACGAAGCUCCACACCGGCGCGUCGAAUACCUCAACGGACUAGCCCACCUGCAGCGCUGCAUGCGCGAACACUCCUGCCGCUACGGCUUCAUCAUCACCGAGAUCGAGCUAGUCUGCGUCCGAGCAGGCUGCGACGCCGGCGACGACGUCCCCUACUUCGGCUUCCUAGAAGUCGCAACACCUAUCCCUCUCAAAACAGCCGCGACCCACCCGCAUACAGGGCACCACGACGCCCCUCCGCUAGCAACCCCCAUCAGCGCGCGGUCCUUUUCAUCCUCCUCGCACGCAUCCUCAUCACACUCCCACCAGGACUCCCCGACACCAGAUGAAACCGAGGAAGGCUUCACAGCGCCCAUGACGGCAAGCAUGGCUCUAUACUUCCUCCUCAUGCUAUCAAAAUCCGUCCCCCUGCCUUACCAACCAUCCGCCCACCUCAACGUCGGCGGACCAGGCGCGCUCACGCGGCAACGGAUCCUACCCGAGCCGAAGGAUAAGUGGAUUCCUGAACCGCAGAUUGGAGAGCGGCGGGAUGCGAAGCGUGUUCGCGGUUGGGUUUGGCCUGGGGAUGCGUGGCAUCGGAGGGAAGGAGGUGGUGUGACGAGGAUGAGGGCUGGGGAUGGAAAGGUGAAGAAGUGGCAUAAAUGA